ACAAUCUACAACUUCAUGAGUUGUAACUUUAGGCGCGAGUUUAGGAUAGCGUGUCACAUCUGUUGUAGGCGUGGCUCCACACAAAACACCAUAUACGAAGCCACCGUGUAUACUUGUCCUUCGCCGUCUCCUUCCAGCACCAGACGUACCAGGCUGAGCGUCUCUCCCAACGUUCAUCUUAGAAGCAGCGAGCUGUUUCGUGGAACUGGUCAUCCGGAAGUGGACAUGUACUUUAGUGGGCGGGGCGCCGCCCUAAACCCGAAGAUGCGGGCUAUCAUGUCGAUACUGUGAUGCUCCUGCGUCCCCUGAACAAGUGCCAUAGAUAUAUUUAUUUGUAUACCAACACCAAAGUCUAAUGCCUUAAUAACGAAGACAUCUUGAACUCUACAGUUAUGAAGGCCCUUCAGGAAACAAUUCAUAACCACUAAAUCAGAUUGGGUUGUUCACACCGCAAUCAUAGUUUUCUACAAUAAGGACGUGGUUGUUGCUUCUGGUAUCCAGAAGGUCUAUAUCCAGAAAUCUUGACGUCUGCCUAUAUUAACUUUGACGUCUACUCAUAAUAACCCUA